AUGACACCAGGUGGCCGCGCAUUCAACGGAACCGACACCUCGUCUUCCCAGAGCAGCAUUAUGUCGCGCCUUGCUGAUGUUUCCUCGAGCGACUCCCCCUGGCCUCCCGAUACGGCACAGACUCUCAGCACCCGCCACUCCAUGCCGUCGCAGUUCCAAUCCCGUACCAGCUACGACAGCGACCGCUAUCUGCGUCUCUUCUAUGACAACUUCCACCCAGCCCACCCAAUUCUAGUCCCAAGUUCCAUGUAUGCUGAACGGGCAUACCCCUCCUACCUUCGGCUCGUUGUCGAUUUUGCAGGGUCCAACUACCUCCCCGCCGGCAAAUCUGAGCAGCUCAAAGGCCGGGUUUUUACAGAUCUGACCUCCAAUCCUGACCGCUCCUCCUGCAUGGUGCAGGCUUGGCUUCUACUUGCCAUCGUCUUAUUCUCCCGCGACGAAGUAACUGAGGCCCAGCAAGCACAUACCCAAGCCACAACCAUCGCCCUUGAGAUUGGCAUGAACAAAGCCUCUUUCUCCACUACGCAUCACGCCGAGCACUCAGUCGAGGCCGAAAGCCUGAGAAGGACAUGGUGGGAGCUCCUCAUCGCCGAGAUCAUCAUAUCUGUCCCCUCUCGAGCAAUUCCCUUCCGCUGUGGCUCGGUGCCUUCCGACGUGCUUUUGCCAUGCGAUGACUCCUUCUACACGGGAAAUUGCGAAAUCCCCAAGUCGGCUCGAAUGUCCGACUUCAAGCGCAGGGCUCUUGCUACGGAUGAAACUAUUUUCUCAUCUUCCAGCUAUCGGGUCGAGGCAGCGGUUAUACUAGGGCAAGUUAUCCGGUUGAAUCGUCUUCGCGAUUAUCACCACGACCACCUGCAGUCUAUCCAAAAUGCACUGGUCAGCUGGUCGAACCACCUUCCAGUCGAAAAGAGGAAUAUUGUAGAUUCCUACGGAAACAUCGACGAGAUCCUGUUCCAGGCGCACACAAUUAUCGCAUACGCCAGCAUGCUCCUUCAUCUACCACGGAGUGACCUGCAUGCGUUGCUGCCAAAAUGCUCCGAUCCCUUCUGGCCUCUCGUCCCUGGCCAUUCCUCCGCAUCUGUUCGCCUGCUACAUAGUAUCAAGGCAACGGAUGCUUCUAGACGUAUGUCGGAUUAUCUAUCCCUCUGCCCCAAUAUUCAGAAGCACACUCCCUUCAUCAUACCCGCCCUAUCCCUCAGUGGGAUGACCCAGAUCGCCACUACCACCACACACUCAGGAGAUUGCUUCGAGCAUCAUUACAACCGCAUCACCCUACUUCUCGGAUGUCUGAAGAAUAUGAAGCGGACUUGGCAUCUGGCAGAAGCCUCUUACCAGCGCGUCCGAUCAUGUGCCGCUCAGCUCAUGGCCGACUCAAUGGAAAAAUGGAACGCCGAACCGCUUCUCAGGCCCCUCGAGCUAUCGCAAACCACGCCCGAGGGCGAAAUAAACGAUACCAACUUUCCCAUCAUGGCGGAAAACGCCAUGUCGGUGAUCCAUGAAACGGCGUUCCCUGAGCUUGACCCUUUCUACAUUGAUCCUAUUUGUUAUAAUGCUUCUGUUUUCAGCACGAUACCCGAGUUUGAGACUUCCUAA